CAGUUAUUACGGUUACCAACACUGGUGCGCUCAUCUAUUUUUCUGGUGAUUUAGUGAAGUCUUGUGUCCUCAUGGACCGCAUAAUGAUUUUUCAUGGCCUAUUUGUUGCUUCCCACGCCUUGUCAGUGGCAGCUUGACUGAAUAAUGAUGGUAAUCAUCCUCUCAUUGUAGAAACAAUGCUUUCUACAUGAUACAUUACAUCAUGUAGAUGCAAGUGUUCUUGAAUAACCGCCUUUUUCAAAAGCUUUUGCUUUUUUUUAAUAACUUUUAUAACCUCACAGCUCAAUGCCUUUUGUUUUGUUGUAACCAAACCAAAUUAUUCAUUCAUUUUCUACCACUUGUCCUCACGAGGGUCGCAAGGGGUGCUGGAGCCUAUCCCAGCUGUCUUCAGUGAGAUGCGGGGGUUGGUUUAUAUUCUGAAGUCAAUUCUUAUCUUAUGACCUGUGGAUAAACACAGACUUCAUGGAAGAUGAGCAAAGAUCAAACACCGCUUGGCAAGUCUCACAAAAGUAACAAGAAAAAGGAUGAUGACGAUCCUGGGAAACUCAUUAAGCCUCCCGAUCAACUUGAUCUUACUGAUGCAGAACUGAAAGACGAAAUCACAAGGAUCCUGACCACAUCAAAUCCACAUGCUCCUGAUAAUCUUGCCUACUAUAACUUUGGCGAUGGUGCUUACAAGCUGACCAACGCUGUGGAGCACAUGGCUGUCCACUUUGUGUUGGAAGGCUGUCUGGAACAUGAUGAUGACGCCAGUAGUGUGGCCAGUGAAGACAUCCUGGAAGAUGUUGAACCUGCAGCAGAACUUGAUGAGGAUACUUCCGGGGAGGAGGAUGCUGGAGAGGAUGACAGAGCAGACAGCGUCGCUUCCAAAGCAGACACACAAGAGCCAAAAUCUACAAACCAAUUCAACUUCAUCGAAAGAGCCUCUCAAUCACUUAAUAAUGCACUGCAGGGUAGAAGCUGCCAGACUAUACCUCCCCCCCGCUGCAACUACUUCGCCACUGCUACUCAGUGGGCAAUAUAUGAUGCAUAUAUGGAUGAACUGCAGCAACAGGAGAUGAAAAAAGAGAAACAGAAAUCAAACAAAGAUGAUGAGAAAACCAAAAAGAAGAUUCUGCUCAUCGAGACACCGAGAGAUGACAUCACCCAAGUAGCCAAAGCAGCCAAGCUGUUUGAGCGAAUGGUCAACCAGAAUACGUUUAAUGAAAUAGCACAAGAUUUUAGAUACUUCGAGGACGCAGCAGAUGAAUUCAGAGAGCAGGAGGGCACUCUUCUCCCCUUGUGGAAAUUCCAGUAUGACAAAGCCAGAAUUAUGUCUGUCACGUCCCUCUGCUGGAAUCAUAUCUACCCAGACUUUUUCGGCGUGGGAUUGGGAUCAUAUGACUUCAGCAAACAAGGCCGUGGGAUGCUUCUCUUCUACACAUUGAAGAACUCUACCUUCCCUGAGUACAUCUUCCCUACAAGUUCUGGCGUCCUGUGCCUGGAUAUCCAUAAACAACAUUCCUACUUGGUGGCUGUAGGCUUCUAUGACGGCUGUGUGUGUGUGUACAACUUGAAGAAGAAUGGACUGGACCCUGAGUACAAGAGUACUGUUAACUCGGGCAAGCACAGUGACCCUGUGUGGCAGGUACGAUGGCAGAAUGACAACAGCCUCAAUUUCUAUUCCGUGUCCUGUGAUGGCCGAGUCGUGUCUUGGACAAUCAUGAAGAAUGAGCUAGUCUUCACAGAUGCUCUCAGGCUAAUACUGACUGAUAGAGUAUCUGAUGGUCUAGACGGUAUUGAGGAGCUCAUUACCGCUAGUGGUACAUCCUGUGACUUCCACAGACAGAUCGACACUCUCUUCCUUGUUGGCACUGAGGAGGGUAAAAUACACAAGUGCUCCAAGAAUUACUCAAGCCAAUACCUAGAGACCUAUGAUGCCCACAAUAUGGCAGUGGAUACAGUAAAGUGGAAUCCCUACCAUUCGAAGGUUUUCAUCUCUUGCAGUUCAGACUGGACAGUCAAGAUCUGGGACCAUGAUUACAAAGCUCCCAUGUUCACCUUUGAGCUCAAUGCAUCAGUUGGUGAUGUGGCCUGGGCGCCAUACUCCUCCACUGUCUUUGCUGCUGUGACCACAGAUGGAUUGGUCCAUGUUUUUGACCUGGCCAUCAACAAGUAUCAAGCUAUCUGCCAGCAGCCAGUGGUGUCCAAAAAGAAGACCAAGCUAACACACAUUGAGUUUAAUCCCAUCCAUCCUGUUGUCAUAGUGGGUGAUGAUCGAGGCUCCGUUAUCAGCCUCAAACUGUCCCCUAACCUCCGCAAGAAACCAAAGGGGAAGAAGGGUCGGGAUUUGGUCGAAGGUCCUGAAGCAGAAGUAGCCAAGAUGGAGAAACUACUCAGUUUGCUGAGGGACCUCGGGGAAAGCAAAGUUUAAAAAAAACCACCAUGGUUUCAAAGAACAAUCAAGUAUUUUAUUAUUUUUUUCCAAUAUUGACAAUAUUAUUUUGUCCUCUAAUCCAUUCAUUUACAUGAGACACACAAAGGUAGAACUUCUAUAUGAAAAUAGUGAUUUUAUCUUUCAAGAUAGUGUUGAAAUGGCCUUUUAAAAAACAUAUACAGGAUGUAUACAACUGCAUGAAAUAUGAUUUUUAGUGAUACUGUAGACUGUGUAUGCCACUGCUCAAAAUAUGACAAAACAAUCUUAAUCUAGUCCAAAUAUUCUGUAUUUGAUACCGGCAUAUAAACAUGUUACUGAAACACAAACAUUCAUGAAUAUUUACAGGUAUUUAAAUGUACAAUCAGUGGUGAUUGUAUUUUGACUGGCUUUGUGUAUGAGCUGUAAAUAUGGAUCACGGUGAUAAUUUGGGGAAAAGAUUUCAUGGUAUGAGUUAUCAUACGUACCAGUAGAGGGCAGUGGUACUCAGCAUCCUGAAAGUAUUAGGAUGGGCCACACUGAAAA